AUGCCGCCGAAUCUGAGAUGUGCCUUUGCGCAGGGAUGGAGAUCGAUUAGGUCUCGCCGCAGUUUUUCUUCAUCGCCUGGUAGCAGAGCUUCCAAGGAAGCAGACAGGAAGGUCACCUUUCUAGGUCUUGCCAAUAAAGGACUCUCAAUGAUUGGUGGUAUUGCCUUAGGUCGACUUUAUCUAAAACAGCCUGGAUUAGAUCUUGCUGAGGAGGCAGAAGAAGAUUUGAAAAAGGUUGAGAAAAGAGUAAAUGCACUAAAGAAAUCUAUGAGGGGAAGAUUACUAUUUGUUUUGAGCUAA